CUUAAGCGGAAAUAGAGAGCCCUUUUUCCCUCUAUUUAAACGCGCCAACAAAGACCAUUCAACGAGCGCUGUCGGUAAAUCUCUCACUGUAGAGUAGACUCUUGUUUUGGUUUUUGUCUUCAUCUUUUAUUAUUAUUAUUACGUUCUCUAUUGUAUUCCUGUCUAAAUGCCUGAGGAAACGUCCACUGCGUCGAGCUCGUCGAGUACGGAGGAGAAGCCGUGCUCGUCGUCUGCAGCUACAGCAGCAGAGAGUUCGGUUGACGUGAUGGAGGAGGCAAAAAAAUUAAUCGGAACGGGGAAAAGGCAUCUCGUAAUGGGGGAUGUCGUCUCGGCUGUCAAUGUCUUCCAAGAUGCCUGCAGCAUUCUAGCAUCGAAGUACGGGGACACUGCAGAUGAGUGCGGAGAGGCUGUCUUCCUGUAUGGAAAGUCUCUUUUGGAGCUUGCCAGGAUGGAGAACGGCGUUCUUGGUAAUGCCCUGGAAGGAGUUCCAGAAGAAUCAGAGGAAGAGGAGCAGCCGAGCAACUCAAACAUUGAGAGCGCUGACAAUCUUGAUGAGGUGGCAUGCCGCUGUGGUGCAGAGAAAACCCGAGAUGAGCUGCGAAAGCAGGUGUGUGAUGCAAUGGCAGAGGAAGCCAGGUCUGAAGAAAAGCUGUUGUCUGAGGACGGUCACGACAUCACCCAGGUGAAGAAAGAAGUUGAAGCAGAAGCUGUAGUGAAAGCUGGUGAGAGCUUACCAGAGGAGGAGGAGGAGUCAAAUUCACCUCUGGCUCAAGAAAAGGUGAUCCGAAAUCAGACUGUCCAGGAUGCAGAUGAAGAAGAGAAGGAUAAAGAGCCAGAUGAUGGAAAAAAGGAGGAGUCUGAUCUAGAGGAAGAACGGGACAAAGAUGAACCGGAGGAUGACGAGGAUGAUGACGACGAUGAUGAUGAUGAUGAUGAUGAUGAUGGAGAGAAAAACGGACAGGAGAAUGAGGAUGAUGUUGGGAAUUUACAGUUGGCGUGGGAGAUGCUGGAGGUCGCCAAACUGAUCUAUAAAAGAAAAGAAGGAAAAGAGGAGCAGCUGAUGGCAGCUCAGGCUCAUCUGAAGCUGGGAGAAGUUGGUGCUGAAACAGGGAACUAUCCCCAGGCUCUGGAAGACUUCCAGGAAUGUUUGGCCAUCCAGCUGCAGCACUUGCCUCCUCACAGUCGUCUACUUGCUGAGACUCACUACCAUGUCGCUACAACACUCUGCUACAUGGAUGAGUACAGACAGGCCAUCCAGCACUACAACAGUUCCAUAGAAGUCAUCGAAAACCGCCUGUCCGUGCUACAGAAGGCGAUCGACGCAGCAGAAGGAGACGGCGGUGCAGCAGAGGAGAAGAGCGAGAUGGAAGAGCUCAAACAACUUUUGCCGGAAAUCAGAGAAAAGGUGGAAGACGCCAAAGAGAGCCUGAGGACAGCCAGCGCCGCGUCGCAGGCCAUCCAGCAGACGCUCGGUGGAACCUCGUCUUCAUCAGCAUUCCUCCGUGAAAACGGCGGGCCUUCGUCUUCAACGGCAGCUUUUGCAGAAAGUAGCCAGGAUCCAGGGAAAUGUGACAGCAGCUCCUCUUCCAAAGCGGCGUCGGACAUCUCUCAUCUCGUCAGGAAAAAGAGGAAACCAGAAGAAGAGAAGCCAGUAAAGGACGCAGAUGCUAAGCAAGCAAAACAGGAAGUCUCAGUAAAUUGCAGCGAUGAUUCUAGUGCCAGCAAUGGAGUCCAGGAGGAGAAAUCACAGGAGGCUCCCACCCAGUCGGCCUCUGUGGAGUCUUCAGCGUGAAAGUCCUGAUCUGCCUCCUGACUUCUGAAACCAGCACAGCUCCGACUGUCUAGCCCUCUCCUCCAAACUGAUUUUUCUGUAAAUAUCCAUUUUCACAGAAUUGUCUGUCAGGUUUUGUAUACUUGUAGUAAAAUAAUAAACAUUUGCAGAUGUAA